AUGGUUGGGUUCAAAGGAAGGUACUACUACACUAGGCUGCAGAUUUUCGCACAGCUUCCUGGAAUCUUGGAAGAGCAUAGAUGAUAGAGAGAGACGGAAACUGUAUGUAAAGAUCCGAGAUAAGAAAACUAUUAAAAUCGUUUUAGUACACAAAAGCCAGUGGUACUGGUAUCUAUUGUAACUGGUGAUACUAUACCUAAUGACCUAAAACCUGACAAGAUGACUUUAGAAGAAGAAGAACCUAUUAUACCACCCAAACAAAAUAUACCAUGGUACAAAGAAGUAAAAUGUUACAGUGUGUAUGUAUUACUGAUAUUAUUACUGACAUACCUACUCAAUCAACUAGAUCGUUAUAUGUUAGCUAUAACAGUUAAACCUAUGGCACAGGAAAUUCAUUUUGGAGAUCUGGGCUGCAUGGUGAACGAGACAUAUCCAUCAGAUGUUACCAAAGGAGCAAGUUGUAAAGCUAAUACUACUGAAAAUUGUGCUCUUAUCACUAAUAAUGGUAGUAUAGAACAUGUAUGUAAAUGGGAUUAUUUGGGAUCAGGUUUCCAGUAUCAACUUGUAGCAGGACCAAUAUUCAUUGUUAUUUAUACAUUUAUGGGAAUAUUUAUUGGAUUUUUAGCAGACAGAUAUAACCGUAAAGUGUUGUUGGCGAUAUGUCUCAUGUUUUGGUCAGCCAUGACACUUCUGACUGGUUUUAUUGGUGACUAUUGGCAGUUGGUAGUCUUACGACUUGGACUUGGAGCUGGAGAAGCUGGUUGUACACCAUUUGCUGCAUCUAUCAUAUCCGAUUAUUUUUCUGAGAAUUUACGUGGAUCAGCUUUAGGUAUUUAUAACUGGGGUAUAUAUACUGGAUAUAGUAUGUCAUAUGCUAUAGGUAACUUUAUUACCUUAGCCAACAUUAAUAAUCAGGGAUGGCGAUGGACAUUUUAUAUAGCUGGUAUUCCUGGCUUAGUGCUUGGUAUUGUAAUGUUAAUAACUGUAAAAGAACCAGUUCGAGGUAACAUGCGAGCUACAGCAUCAGAUAAACAGACAGCUGUCACAGAAAAUGUAUCGACUGGUACUAAAAUAUUAAAUGUAGCUAGACCCUUCUUCAGACCAUCAUUAUUGUUAUUAUGUAUAGCUGGUUCAGUCAGAAAUUCAGGGGGUUAUGUAUGGGCCUAUAAUACACAACCAUAUUUUAAUGCGUUGGGUACUUCUCUGGGUAAAACUAGUGAUGAAACAAGUGAAAUGGUAGGAUCCUAUAUGUCCUGGAUACCGCUAGUAGGAGGUAGUAUAGGUGUAUUUGUUGGUGGUUUUAUAUCAGAUAGAGUUGUUAAAAAGAGAGGACUAUAUGCACGUAUAAUAGUAUUAGUUGCCAGUCAGGUUUUAGCUGCUCCUUUUGCAGCUGGUACAUUAUAUUUUAAUCCACCAUGGGCCUUUAUUUGUCAAAUACCUACUUAUAUCAUAGGUGAAAUGUGGGUUGGAGUCACAUUAGCAGUAGUUAUUGAAUUAGUACCUAUCAAUGCUCGAACAACAGCUGUAGCAGUUUAUCUAUUUAUUAUUAGUAAUGUGGGAGGAAAUGUGCCAUUAAUAGUACCACCAUUAAAACAAGCAUUUUCUGAUCUUGGUUAUAGUAGUAUCGCUUCACUUCGAGCUGCGUUAUAUAUAUUAUAUCCAGGUACAUAUGUAGGUGGCUCAGCUUUAUUUUUACUAACUAUGUUUGUUGUCAAGUGGGAUCAGGAAAAUGCCCAGAAAUAUAACGCCAUGGAUCAAACAGAUCCUGCUUUUAUGGACAAGGUGGCCUAGAUGUAACUUUGGCAUGAUUACGGUUCUUAUGAACUGAAGUUCUACAUAUGUAACAAUUUAUGAAACAGGAACUGAUUUCAUACAUUGUAAACGUGUUCUUUAGCAAUCCUCUUUAAAUAAAAGUGUUAGCUUCCACCAAUUUGAGUACAAUCCACAUGAAACUGGGCAUCCUUGUUCUUUGGACAAUAGUGAACUGACUGAAGGAAGUCAAUAUUCCAAGAUAGCUGGUUCCUGGUUCAUAGAAUGCUCGUAUUUACUUAGAAUGACACGACAGAUGGACAUGCUAAUGGGUGUAUAAAAAUAUCAAACCUUGAUGGGAACUUUCUCCAGCCAGCCAUUCAUCUAAUAAAGUUGAUGCUGCUUCAUUUACCAAAUUAGGAUAUCUGGUGAGAAAAACACAUACAUCGAUUACUAAAACACAGUCCCUUGUAACAUGCUUAAAACAAUUAUUUUUAUUAUUUCUAUUUGUAUAACAACUAUUCUUACCGUUUUUUCAACAAGUUCUGUAACAAGAAGUUUCCUCUGUUAGUACUAAUAUUUGGUGGAUAUCCUGGUGUAACACUG